AUGAAGAUGAAUAACCUAAAAAAUAUGAAGGUUCUUUAUCGCCACAUCCUAAGUGAAGCUUCCAAAUUUGAAAACAUAAACUACAGCGUCUACUUCAGGAACAAGGCCAAAGAUACCUUCCGAGAAUUUUUUAGCAACAACCAUGUGAACCACACCGAUGAAGAACUGAAGGCGUUUGAGAAGGACUGCCGGGAAUACCUUAACAUGCUGAGGAGGCAAACAGUGGUGCACAACAUGUACCACGUGGAUAAGCCCCUGGUGACUAAAUGA